AAUUAAGAGGAAGUAGAGUCGGAACAAAGACAAGUUCCCCACAACAGCACAGGUGAGAGAGGAAGAGAAUUAUUCCACCGCACCAAAUAUUGAUUUCUUGCGACUUUCACAGCCUAUCGGCACGGUGAUGCGGGCGGCCAUGGCGGUGAUGUCUCCGCCGUAUGCUUACAGUUACAGCCUACACCAAACCCUAGACCCCUCUUGCUCUCCUUCGCCUUCCUCCGCCCCGAUGUUCCGCUGCCCUUCUUCUCCCAAGGUUUCGAGCUUCUUUGGCUCUCGAAUUUCGCUUUCCAGGGGGCUCAAUCAGGUGUGGCGAGCCUCUUCGGAUCGUCAGCGGUAUGGUUUGGGCUCUGUUUCUCGGCGGCCAGGGAUAAAGGCGGUUGCCACACCUGAGUCAGCUCUGGAGUUGCCACUAACAGCGGAAAAUGUUGAGAGCGUGUUGGAUGAAAUUCGACCUUAUCUCAUAGCAGAUGGGGGUAAUGUUGCAUUACAUGAAAUUGAUGGCAAUGUCGUGAAACUGAAAUUACAAGGAGCAUGUGGCUCCUGUCCUAGUGCUGUAAUGACAAUGAAAAUGGGCAUUGAGCGUCGUCUAAUGGAAAAGAUCCCUGAAGUUGUCGCAGUUGAAUCAAUACCAGAUGAAGAAACAGGCCUUGAGCUAAAUGAAGAAAACAUAGAGAAGGUGCUCGAAGAAAUUAGACCUUACCUUGUUGGAGCGGCUGGUGGGGAUUUAGAGCUAGUAGAAAUUGAGGAGCCAAUAGUUAAAGUAAGAAUAACUGGCCCUGCAGCGGGUGUGAUGACUGUCCGAGUUGCUGUCACCCAGAAACUUCGAGAAAAGAUUCCAGCCAUUGCAGCAGUUCAACUUUUGUCUUAAAUAUUAACGAUCCUUCUACACCAAGUAUGUCCUGUUUGCCCGAAAACCUUGUGCAGUGAUUGAAAUUUAAACCUUUUUACCACAUUAAUGAGACUGGGUUCUGUAAAAUAUAGAAGCAGCAAUGUGGUGGAGAGGCGCAUGCACCAUACUCAUGUUUGAUUUAUCUACUUCUAUAUAACCUGCUGCUAUGUACAUAUAUAUUGGCCCAGUGGUUGGAUAAGAAAUUUCUGCUCAGAUAUCCUAUUUCUUCAA